AAAGAUGUCUGUCGAUGAUUAUUAUUGGAGUUUGCUGAAACUGUUUCUAUAAGAAAUGGAGUCAUCAAGGGAUCAUUCUACUGAAAAAAAAGUUUUCGAUGAGGCCAAAACCGGCGUGAAAGGCCUGGCGGACUCGGGAAUCACAGAGAUUCCGGCGAUGUUCCGUGCACCUCCGGCUAUUUUAGCAAGCCUGAAAGCAGCACCAGCUUCGCAGCAGGUCAGGAUCCCCACCGUCGAUCUGAAAGGCGGAAGCGUCCAGUGCAAGAAUCAACGGCGGAACGUGGUGGAGCAGAUCGGAGAAGCGGCAGAGAAAUGGGGAGUCUUCCAAGUGAUCAAUCACGGGAUCCCGUUGAAGGUGCAGGAGAGGAUGAUGGAAGGGAUUCGAGGGUUUCACGAGCAAGACACUCAGCUUAAGAAACAGUUCUACUCUCGCGACCACACUCGGAACUUGCUUUACUACACCAACAUCGAUCUCUUCAGCUCUUCCGCCGCCAGUUGGAGAGACACCCUUAUUUGUUAUACGGCCCCUGAUCCUCCCACAUCUCAGGACUUGCCUCCCGUUUUACGGGAGAUUAUGAUGGAGUACUCGAAGGAAAUGAUGAAUUUAGGUGAGUUAGUCUUUGAGCUUCUUUCGGAGGCUUUGGGGUUGAAUCCUAAUCACCUCAAGGAGAUGGACUGCGCCAAGUGUCAAAUGAUGACUGGCCAAUACUACCCAACUUGCCCUCAGCCUGACCUCACUCUAGGCUUAGGCAAGCACAGUGAUUUUUCUUUUCUCACCGUUCUUCUUCAGGACAAUAUCGGAGGGCUUCAGGUUCUCCAUGACCAAGCCUGGAUUGAUGUUCCUCCUCUCCCUGGAGCUCUUGUCAUUAACAUCGGAGAUCUUCUCCAGCUCAUAAGCAAUGACAAGUUCCUAAGCGCGGAGCAUAGGGUGAUAGCGCAUGGAUCAUCUAAAGCGCGUGUUUCAGUGCCAUGUUUCUUCACUCCGUUCAAGAAGGCGAAUCCUCGAGUCUAUGGACCCAUCAAAGAGCUCCUCUCUCAGCAUAACCCUCCCAAGUAUAGAGACUCUUCCCUCACCGAGCUCUCUGAGAUCUUCACUUCAAAAGAGAUCACCACUAGUAGGUUACUCCAUUUCAAGAUCUGAGACAUUUGGGUUUGUCUACCAUCGUUGCUUAUUAUAUUUUUCGUGACACUACUUCUUAUUUCAAAUGAUGUAUGUAAGAUAUUUGAAAUCUUCGAAUAAGGUACAUUAUGAUUAUGAAAACUUAUAUUUUCAUCUUCAC